AUGCAGUCCCACGACGCUCCCUUCCAGACUGGCAGUGCCUCGCACUCGCCCCUGCACGCCGCCCCGAGCCCAGCCUCGCCCACCUUGCCCGACGCGACCGCCGCGACCUCGUCUCACCACCACCACCCGCCUGCGGCCCGCAUGGACCGCCUCUCGAGGUCCUACAGCGGCUCGCACAGCCCAGCCACGCCCCUCGCCGCCCCCUACAUCCCCGCGCCAGCCGCCGACAACGCGCGGCCCGAUCGAGAAGACGCGUCGGGCUCGCCCGCCCUCUCGCGCCAUGGGUCCGCCAGCACCGCGUCCGACAUCCACACGGCCAUGAGCAGGGGCACCAGCUCGAACGGCGCACCGCCCAGGGUCGACAAGGGCAAGGGCGUCGACCGCGACGGUCCCGUUGGCCAGGGCGAUGCUGUCGACGACUCGGACGAGCAACAACGGCGCGUCGAACGCGUCCUGCAACGAGCAGAAGCCUCCAGGACGUACUGCUAG